ACCACCACCCCCACCCCCACGAACGCAAACCCCCACAAGUACCACCUCGCAAAUGCUCCAUUAGCUCCCGAAAUCCAAACCACCCCCCUCCUCCCCUCACGGGCUCACGGCCUCACCCACCCACCAACCCAUCCAUCCAACUCCGCGGCGGCGGCGGCGGCGAUGACGACCCGAUCCAACGGCGAGCACCACCACGGGCCGCCCUCGUACCAGCAGCGGCGCCCGCACUACGGGGGCGGGUACGGCGGCGGGUCGGCCUCGUUCCGCGGCUGCUGCUGCUGCAUCUUCCUGCUGCUCACCUUCCUGGCCCUCCUCGCGCUGGCCGUCGCGCUCGUCGUGGUGCUGGUGGUGAAGCCGCGGAAGCCGCAGUUCGACCUCAACCAGGUGUCCGUCCAGUACCUCCUCGUCACCCCGCCGUCCUCCGCCGCCUCCGCCGUGGGGGGGACCGUGGCCGCCGCGGUCCCCGCCGCGGCCUACCUCUCCCUCAACAUCACGCUCCUCUUCACCGCCGUGAACCCCAACAAGGUCGGCAUCCGCUACGGCGCCACGGCGUUCGACGUCAUGUACCACGGCGUGCCGCUCGGGGUGGCGGCCGUGCCCGGGUUCGAGCAGCCGGCGCACAGCACCCGCCUGCUCCAGACCCGCGUCAUCGUCGACCGCUUCAACGUGCUCCAGGCCGACGCCCAGGACCUCGUCCGCGACGCCGCGAUCAGCGACCGCGUCGACCUCCGCAUCACCGGCGACGUCGGCGCCAAGAUCCUCGUGCUCGGCUUCUCCUCCCCAAAAGUCCAGGUGUCGGUGGAUUGCGCGAUCGCCAUCAGUCCGAGGAGGCAGUCACUGACAUACAAGCAAUGUGGCGUGGAUGGCCUAAGCGUCUAGCAGCAGCAACCAACCACCACACCAUCGCAGCAACAGCAGCAGCAGAAGAAGAAGAAGGAUGCAGAAGGCUUAAUCUAAUGGAGAUAGAUAAGUGGAUGUGACCCGUGUUUGUCGAUUCUAAUCUCUCUUUCUCUAUCUAAUCCUGGGUUCCGAUUCCUGUACGUGGGGGGUAAAUUUUGAGCUCUCUCACCUCACCCUAGAGGAGGAGGUCGCCGCUGAUUUUUGUGAAUUACUGUCCGGUAAUUAUCACUAUCGCCCAAUUCGCCAUGGUCAA